AUGGCAUUCAUAGCAAGUGCCUAUAUGGUUAUGCUAUUUACUGUACCAAUUGCCGGAGUCAUUCUCAACACAUACGUUUUACGGAAGCUAAUACGAUUAGCAAGAAAAAGCGUCGUCCGCUUCGAAACCUCGUCAGGAUUACCACUAGCUGCCAUGUCGAUUGGUGACUCCAUCACGUUAUUUGCUCUCUUAAUGCAAGCAAUUUUCCAUGUUACACCAAAAGGAGAAGUUCCAGUCGUGGUUCUUAGUACGAUAUGCAAAUUUGGAAUAUAUUUGAUUCACUCUACAUCCGCUUUCUCUGUUUGGUGUUGGUUUUUUCUAUCGGUACUACGAUAUAUAGCAGUGUUCCAUCCUUUUAAGUAUCGAACAAUUUGGCGGCAACCAAGAAAUGCGCUCAAAAUUCUGGCUGGUGCUGUGGGUACAACACAAAUUUAUACAUUAGCCAUCGUCACUUAUAGAACAAAUGAAAAAAUGUGUGGAGAAUAUGAAAUAUUUGAUCAAAGUGCAUGGAAGCACAUCCAUCUGGUUGAUAUAUUCCUGUUUUACGCUGUACCAUCAUUGCUAAGGAUAACAUUGGAUUUCCUGGUACUGAUACAUUGCUAUUCUCCAUUUUCUAUGGAAGAGUUUGAUCGAGUUACUAUAGACAGGAGAUUUGCAAUCAGUGGCCCUACAACUACUACCAAACGGUUGUCUCAUUCAGCGGAACUGGAAGCUUUGGAUAACAAGGCUCAUGUUGCACUUGCCAUAUCAAUCACUGCUAACACACCGAGUGUGAAACGGGUACACUACGGGAAUCCGAAAAAGAAAACAGCCAUGGUUAUGCGUUCAAUUGUAAUUUCUGUUGUCAAUCUUCUUCUGAAUCUCCCUACACACAUUUUCCGGGCCCUGGCUUCAUACGACGAACGAACAAUGGACCAUGAAAUUUUUCAUGUGUUAGAACCAAUCGCCCAAAUGAUGUAUUUUUCCCAAUUUGCUUGCAACGCUUUCUACUUGGCGUCAUCAAUAUACGAAACCAAUGGAUCACCAAGAAAUACAGUAAUAUCAAGCAGUAAUCGACAUGUUUCAAGAUGUAUAUCAGAGGAUGACGCUUAA